AUGGCUAAUCUGAUCCGGCCCUCUUCUGAGCGGCGAGCGACGAGGCGCAAGAAGUCAGCGUCCCCCGCCGCAGGCGACGGGGUCGAGAACUCCACCCACCACGGCGCCGUCUCGACGCGCCGCACCUCGCGCUCCACGCCGCUGCUGUCCCUGGGCGACGGCAAGCCCGCGAAGCCUCAUACCCAGCCGCCGGCGAAGGCUGCUGCACCGCUGGCCCGCAGCUCCAGAAAGCGGCCAGCCUCCGAGCUCGCUGACGCGACCCCCGACACGAGACCCCCGACCAAAGUCACAGUUACACAACCACAUGGCGAGCUACUCCGGAUCACAAAUGGGGUGCCGAAACGGCUGGGCAUCGAGGCCGACGAUGUGCCCUCUGGUGCCUCAACACCCAGGCCGAAUGGCGCCGGCCGGCUCAGCGUCCCUGCGCCGUCGACGGGCACACGACAGGCGCAGGAUCAGCGAAGUCUGAGGAGCAAGGACGGCGGAUCGCGGCUGAAGAGCGAUCUUGCCAUAUACUUCUCGUGCUAUGACGAUAUCAUUGCGGGCGUGCCGAAGCCGCCAGAGUUUCUCGACUUCGACACGCCCAUAUACAUCGUAGACGAGCCGCUCAAGAACCCCAAACCACCAGAACCGACCUCGCCCGAAGUAUCCCGCAAAUCAGCGAGUCCAACCCGAUCACGGAAACCGCGAGCUCACACUCCGCGGAAACCUUCCAAUCCCUCAAUACCGCCCUCACAGUCCUCUACCUCUUACCGACCCGUCGACUACUCCACCAUAGCAAAGCAUCUCCCCAAUGACGAUGGAGAUCCCCUCACCGACUCGGUAUACUUCACACAGCAUCGACGAGCAGAGCGGAAGGAGAAGCAGCUCCGCAACAUCGAGAAGGAGCGGGCGAUGCACGAAAAGGUGCAACUCGAGCGCCUCCUUGAUGGCCUCCAAGGGCCUGACUGGCUGAAAGUGAUGGGCAUAACCGGCGUCACGGACGGCGAGCGGAAAGACUGGGAGCCCAAGCGGGACUACUUCGUCAAGGAGGUGGAGGCAUUGGUGGAUAAGUUUCGCAUGUGGAAAGAGCAGGAGAAGCGGCUGCGGGCUGAGAAGGAAGCCGCCCGGGCGGCUGACGAGGAGGAUGAAGAAGAAGACGAGGAUGAAGAGGAGUCCGACGAGGAUGCGAAGAUCAAUGGCAAGGUGUCUGUUAAACCCGAGCCGCGUCCGAAAGAGCCCGAGCCACCGAAACCUCGUAGACCGCCUCGACCACACGGCUUCCUACUCCCUUAUGUACCCCCAGAACCCGCCGUACCGUUCACUUCGUUCUAUUCGAAACCGCACCUGCGAGCCGCAGCGUUAGGGAAGCACCGCCAUGGACGCAAUAUUACAGCUUUCGGAGAGCCAAUACCAGACUUCGAAGAGCAUGAAUUCUCGAUACCAGAAGACUUUGUCACUCCAGACUUCAUACGAGACAAUGCGCGGAAGAGAAGACGGCAGAAGCGUGAGAGCGGUGUGAAGUCAUGA